AUGGAUGCAACAAUUAGAGUGCACAGAGCCAAAGUGGCUAAUAGGAGCAUCAAUUCCAACAUGCCCAAUAUGCACUACCAUUCAUUGCCGAAGCAAAUUUCGGGACAUCCUUAUCCGAACCCACUUGUUGGUCACGAGGUUAACUUGAACCAAGAGUACCAAGUGGGAGAUAAUCCUCCCCUCGGUCUACUCCCACUCCAUUAUUGUCAGAUUGAAGAUACUGCAGCACAUGAUGUGCUCGCGUCUCGAGCUCGGUUAAUGGCAAUUCAUUGGUUCUACAAUGAGCCGAUGCUCUUCAUUACCCCCAAUGCCAACGCGAGUAGAUGCAUUCAGGGAUGGCGAACCAUUCGGGCUUAUCUCAAGAAUUGA